AACGGCACACCUGUAAGCUGUGACGCUGCCUCGUCUCUGACCGUGCGUUGUACGGCGUCGAGCGGCGUUAGUCCAUGGACGGGAUCCUGCGAACGGCACAACUUAGUACAUACCCUGGUGAGUGGCCAGUCUGGGCGACUGAGAGUCCUUACACGUUGUAAAAGUGACUGGGUACUACUCAAUGGGAUUACCACUUACACGUUACACACUAACUCCUCAGUGGGCUGACACUCCGCACUGCGCCACUCGGGACGGGCCGCCAUGGACGGGCGCCCUGCCCUCCCCGGCCCUGGGUGGGUUGUCGGUCGGGCUCUGGAUGGGCUGUCGGCGGUGGCUGGCGGCCAGCUGGGUCAGAUGUGGCUGGCAGGGGCGACCCUCUCCUCCGCCAGCCAGGCGCCGAGGGUCACUGAAUCUCCAGGGUGGCGCGACCCGCGCACCGGCUCGACGCUGCUGACCUACGGACGGACCCUGGGGCAUGGCAUACGGCAAACGAGCGUCUGCCGUCUACAAACCAACCCCUUAUCGAUUUUAAACAAGCUAUCGUUUUUUUUAUAGAAAUGUUAACAAUUAUUUAGAAGAACAGUUCGAGAGAUGUGUCAGUCCUGUAUUAGGUUUAUCUUUACUUUCCCAUCUUUUUUUUCUUUAGUUGAACUACGUCUCGAGGGACCCAUCGCCCUAUCACUGUGUGACAAAGUAGCGCGAUGAGCCGCUAAGAGGUCCGCUGAAGUUUGGCGAUAGGCGGCGUGUUCACUGUGCUGGGGCCGUCACUCACAGCUGUCCGUGAAAUGACUCCGUCGGCGACCUCCGAUUGGCGACACGCUGGCGACACAGCUGUCCGCGGAUUCCGCUGUCAGCGCGCGGCGGCCGGCCCUCCCCGUGACGGACGGAUGGACUCCGGGCGGGCGCGGCGGCGGUGCUCUCGGGCCGAUGUCACCCCGACGCCCAGAUCAAAGCGCGGCCUCCGCCGACUCGGCCGGUGGCCCGUGGCAGCGGCUGCUCGGCGCCGAACAUAACAUGCCCGCACCUGUUACACAGCGCUUGUCGGCGGCCGGCAAUACGACCCGAGUUUUGGCAACACGUCGAGUGAGUGUCGGGUAAGUGUUUACAGAACCUUUGCUUUACAACCGUUUACUUAACCCCUCAUGUGUAACCUGCACCUCUUGCUCAAUGAAUGGGCGGAUACUGCUAAAAUGAAUUAAUCCAACCCACUUAUCGCGGGUAAUGACCACUCUAUUCUGGAUGAUCCAUCAAUAUCUCAUCGCUCUCCGCUCGGCCUUCCCUGGAUAAACAGCGCGCCGAAGCCCCACUGGCAAGCGACUGGAUUCUCAUCUCCAGAAAGGCAACACAAAAAUACCCGUGGGCCAUGGCGCCGACGCCGCCAAAGGGUGUCGCGUUUCUGCGGUGACGCGUCGGCCGGCGCCGCGGCAGCAAACGACUGGAAUCGCGGCGCGUCGUUCCCGGCGGCGCGGCCGGACGGAAAUAGCCGCGCGGUGCCGGUGUCACGGCGUGUCGCAGCGCCGGCCGACGGCUGUCCGUCGGCCGGCGCAGUCGCCGCCGCCGCCCGGACCCGACCGCCCGCACCUGCCGCCGACCCGCACACUCAGACAACAACCAUGUCGGACGAGGAUGAGAAGUUCUCGGAAGAGACCGGCCUGGAGAAGGAGCAGAUUGUCGUGCUGCGUCGCGCCUUCGAGAGCUUCGACAAGGACAAGCAGGGCUUCAUCACGGCCGUCACCGUCGGCGACAUCCUGCGCAUGAUGGGCAUCAAGGUCUCCUCGUCCUCACUCAAAGCCAUCAUCGAGGAGAUCGACGAGGACGGUACGGAACAGAAGCCGAUGCAUUAGCAAUAGCACCGCGGUUGAUAAUAAUCCACAGCUAAAAAUCGAGUAUCAACUGAUCGUUCUUUGUUUUGUUUUGUUUUUCAAUUUUCAUCAUGGAAACAGGAAAAUGAUGGUGAGCAGGAACGAAGCAACGCUGAAUAGCAUUUCCUGAAGAAAUAAAUCUGCUUGUUUACAUAGUAACACGGCAA